AUGGACACACGUCUGCUCUUCCUCUUCCUCGGGGUCCAUUAUGUGUGUGCGGGACAAGUUCUUCUUCCUGCUCCACUUCUAAUCGCAGACAAGGAGGCUCUCACGGAGGCAGACGUGGUUGAGUUCCACUGUCAGACUUCACAUUACAAUCCCGAGUGUGUGUUCAGUUUUGAAUCUUCACAGUACGAACAGCUUCCGUGUCGGACCAGACUGAGCAGACGUGUGCUGCUGUCGAAAGUGAAAAAUCCAUCUGUAACUGAUGUGAAUGUGAUCUGUCAUUAUCGCCCAAAAGUGGUUCAACACUGGUCCCCACAAAGUAACUUUCUGUCCAUCGCUAUGAGAGACCUGGCUCCUCCUUCUUUGGCCGUAGUUCCAUCAGUGAUCACAGCGUCUGAGACCGUCACUCUGCAGUGUCGUCCUCCAGCCUCUGUCUCUGUGUCCCAGUGUGGCUUCAGUGUGGACAUCAGCAGCAGCAGCUCCACAUGUGUCUGGACUGUGACAGGAUCACAGCUGCUCACAGAGAAACACAGUCCUCCAGCUCGUCUGGACAUAAUGUGUUUUUAUCAAGUCAAUGACAAAAAGUCUUAUUCACCGUACAGCAGCAGACAAACUGUCACUAUUAUAACUUCCUUUCCAAAGAACCGGCCCCAUGAGACCACAGCCGGGUUGGAGCCACUGACCACUUCUGUGACAGGGGGUGACACCAAACAAGAAACUACAGAUCCUCAAUCAGAAGAGUCAACCACCACAAUGAUGGUCUUUGAAACAGAGACUGGGAGAAUUUCAAAGAGUGCGGUCUGGAGGCUGCUGCUGCUGCUGUGUGUGUGUGGAGUGAUUCUGGGCGGAGUUAUCCUGGUGCUGACGCUGAUCUGCACUAACGCUGCACACGGCGCAAAAUCACACCACAACAAGAGCAGCCGGGAAUUGAACCUGCAGCAUCUCGAAGAGGAGACACAGAUCUCUCAUCAGCGACUGGAGCAGGACGUGGAUUCAUCUGCUCCUGCAAUCAGACAAGACGCUGACUCAGAGGCCGCAAACGCACAGAUUCCCAACAGCAGCGAGUCUCUUACUAGUGCUGCUUACAGUCUGAUCACUUCUGCUCCAGCCGUUGAGGCCAAAGCUGAUUCACAGGUCGUCGGGAAAAACAUGGUUCGUCGCCAGAGCAGCGUGUACCACUUCUACUGCACCAUCCCAGACAAACCGCCGCCUCAAACUAUGGAUUACAGCUAUGUUUAG